UGAAUAUAUUCUCCUAAUGUGGAGAGCAAAGUUUGACCUUCCUGUUGAGUUUGUUGACAAAAAAAUAAUACUGGCUUUUUGAAGUAUCAGAUCUAAUAAAGAUGCCGUACAGCUUUCGAAAACCUGAAAAAGUUCGAGAUGUAACAAAACUAAUUCAAAGGUUCAGAAAUUGGCUACUUAGUCAUGAAGAAACAAAACUUAACCAUAGGUAUGAAGGCUAUCUUGCUAAAAGAACGCAGCCCUUGCCCAACCUCCCUCCUGGGGUGUCAUCAAAACUCUCCAGUAACUACUACUGUACUAGGGAUGGGCGUCGUGAAGUUCAGCCACCUACCCAAGUUUUUGAUGCCUCACAAAAACAGCUACAAUCUGGUGAGGUUUCAGAAGUAAAAAAAGCUACAUUACCAGGCUUUCAAUAUAACUGGAGCACUGGAAAAAUUGAAUACCCUAAAGCAUCUUAACAUGUGUAUAGACAAUAUUCAAGUAAAUACUUACUUAGUGCUAGGAUUUCUGAUGUGUUAACAUUUGGUGUGACGUGAAUGUCAUCAUAAAAUUUUUAUAUGUGGAUCAGGGGUCAUUAUACAACUUGUAAAAAUAUUUUAUAAACAAAAAGACCAAUCCGAAAGUGUAUUUGGUUUGCAUAAGUGAUGGCAUGUUUCAAGCACAAGGCAGAUAUUAUUUAUUUUGUAGAUGGUUUGUGAUCUUGUGUUAACAAGUGAGAAAUAAAUAAUUUAAAGUUCUAUUGAUCCUCUAUGUCACACCUUUGUUUAUUUGUAUAUAGGCUACUUGUUUAUUAAAUCUAGUUCAGCUGUCAGGAGUUGAACAACUCAAAAUAUAGUUAAAUUAUCCUAUUCACGUUCAACAAGUUGACAACAGAUGUUUUGUUUUAUGUCUGAACCAGACAGGACAAUAAAAACUGUUUGAUUAAAUUUUUAA